AUGAAGAUGUUAGAUGCUUGGGAUAUCUUAUUGUCAAAGUUAGAAGAUUUUUCAGUUCGUGGUAUAAAGUUCUAUACACCAUCUCCAAACUUCUAUUCUAUCUUCACUGGAUAUAAAUACGAACAAGUAGAAUGGAAAGAAAAUGUUAUAGAAGCUUGGUUAGACCAUGUCAAAGAAAUUAUAUGCAAUGGAAACGAAAGAGUCUAUGAGUAUAUCUUAUGUUGGUUUGCAAACAUCUUACAACAUCCAAGUGCUAAAAAUGAAACUGCUCUCAUCAUAAUUGGAAAACAAGGAACAGGUAAGAACACUUUCUUUACAGAUAUCUUAUGCAAACUGUUAGAGGGCUAUUCGAACCCGAAUAUGACAAACUUAGAAAACAUCUGCGGUAAAUUUAACUCUUCAAUAGAGAAUAUGAAACUUAUAGUAUGUAACGAACUUCAAAGUAUAGAUACAACAAAGGUUUUAAACUCAGAUGCUUUGAAGAGUCUUAUAACAGACAAAGUUGGAGUUGUUGAAAGAAAGUAUAGAGACCAAAGAGUUUGUGAAAAUGUUGCAAACUUCGUCAUGGUUUCAAACAAUGUUGUUCCGAUGAAGUUAGAAAGUUCUGACAGAAGAUAUGUAGUUGUCAGAACGUCAGAUUCUCAUAUGCAAGAUACAGAAUAUUUUGACGACUUAGCAGAAACUUUGACACCUAACUUUUACAACCACUUGUUCUCAUAUUUCAUGACAUUAGAUAUUUCAAAGUUCAAUCCAAGACAAAUUCCACAUACCGAAGAAAGACAAACAUUGUUAGAAGCAAACAAGAGUGUAUAUGAACUGUUCAUAGAUGAGACUAACUUUGAGUGUUUAGAUGAAAGGUCAUUGUACGAUUCAUAUAAACAAUAUUGUCAAGAGUAUGGUUAUAUGGCAGCUUCUAAACGUACAUUCUUGGCAAAUGUCAAAAAUCUUUUAGA